AAAAUUUUUAUUCUCAAUUUGUCUUCAUGUUGAUCAGUCGUUUCUCUUGAUUAACUUUUAUUUUUUUUUCUCUUCUGUUUGCCUUUUUAUUAUUUCUCUUUGUGAUUAAACAACAACUAAUCAACUGUUCUUAAUUAAUAUUUUUCUUGUUUUUCUUUUGAUUCCAUAUUCUUUUCCAAUUGGUAAACCUUAAUAAUUAUGCUUUGGUCAUCUUUACCUGGACAAUAUUCAUCAACAAACCUCGUCAAUAGUGAAAGUGGAUAUCAAGGUUGACAAAUUUACCUGCAACAAGUGAACCAUUACCAAUGCGAUUAACUUUUAUCAUCAACAAUAAUAACAAAAAGACAAGAUCAACAGUUUAAACCGGAUUUUGUGUCAGUUAACAAUUAACUUUCAACUGAACAACAUGAUCCCUUCUCAAAUGUAAAUCAUGUUUAUUUUAUUAACCUGUUAACGUUUCUUCAACUAAUCAAAAUCAACCAUCAUUUCAAGUAACAGUUUUUGGUGACAAUCAACAAUAAGUUUACAAUCCAAAUCGAAGACAACAAUUAAUCAUUUUUUUCUUCAUUUCUUCUCAAUUGUGUGGUGAUAAAAUUUCUUGAUUCAAUUUACCGGAUUAAACAUUUUUGGAUAUAAUUCUUAUUUUAUCAAUCUAUUAAUACCUUUUACUUUCCUGUUACAUUGAUAAAUCAUCUUCAAAUCUUUUCAUCAUAAUCAUCAUCAAUUCUUUCUCAUUAAAUAAUUACCGUUAUCGAUGAUAAUUUUAAUCAGCAUCUUUAAUCACAAAUUUAAUCAUCAUCAACCAUCAUCUUACCAAUCCUGAUCGUCAAUAAUUCUAAUAUUAUCCCGUCAUUAACGUCAACUUACCAAGAAGAAGGAGAAGCAAAGUUAAUCACCAUCAAUGAAGAAAUUUAAAGAUUAUUAUUAUCAAUUGAUUAAGGAAAAUCUCUCUCCCAUUCUCACUGUUUCUAUUGCAUUUAUAAUAUUAACAGUGUUUACCUUUCAUUCUAAUACAUGUUGAUUCUUCUUCUUCUUUUUUUUCUCUCCCAUCUUCUAAUCAUCUUGAUAAUUUAAUGGUAACAAUUUUUAUCCACCUAGUGAUUAUUUCUUUUAAGGUAAAUUAAUCAGUUAAUCCAUUUAGACGAUGUGAACUGAUGCCUUUAAUUGUGUACACUGGAAUUAAAUUAAUUAAUUGAAUCGUCAUGAUGAUAUUAUUACCAAUUUGGAUUAACAAUUUAAUUUCACAUUCUAAACAAUCAUCAUCACCAUCUUCGCCACCAUCGUCAUCAUCAUUACCUACAUCUUUACCUAUUUCAUUAUUUAAAGUGACAAUUUUAUCAUCAUCUUCAUCUUCAUCUUCAUCCUCAUCCUCAUCAUAUUUAACGUUAAUUUCACUAAUUAUAAUCAUUUUACCAACUGUGAUCAAUUGUGUGGAAAUAGAUGAUGAUUGUGUUCCAUUUAUUAAUAGACUUACUUUUUGCUCAACAACAAAACGAGAUGAUAUCUAUUAUCAAAUUGAAGUUCCAACUACAGGUUAUCAAACAAAUUUCAGUUUACAAGAUUUUGAUGUCGAUACAUUUGACCUGAAGGAGGACAAAGUGGUCUUCAAGAAAGCGACCAACCUAAGACCCAAAGUUUACCGAGUUAUCAUUCUGGUCACUCAAGUCAAAGAUGAAAACAUAAUCGGACCUAAUUGCAUGAUUUUGGAAAUUGAAUUAAAUGAUCGCCAUUGUAAUUAUGUAGGCCACUGUACAGUAGUAGUCUCUGUAUUGGCCAGUUUUUGCUUAAUCUUACUAACCGCUCUUUCCGUUUCCUUAAUAAUAUUGAGAAGGAAAAAACCGUUAUCAUUAAUAUUACGAAAGGUGAAACAUCCUGACGAUGACUCGUAUUCAAAUGGACAUCACCCUGAGACUGGUGAUCAAAAUUUAAUUAUACCUCGUAAAGCUUCAAGUGUUGCUGCUGACAUUGCCAAUGGAACCAUAACUAGGCCAACAUUUUCACCUCCUGAUGGCUUACUAAUGCCCCGGAAAUCAUCAUUGAAACAAAGUCGAAUUGAAGUGAUCCCAGUUAAAGAUGAUCCCCUUAAAGCAAUUGAAUCGGGCAUUGAAAACGCAGGUUACCAGGAAUCUGAGGUUUCCCGGAGAGCAUCAAUAAUACCGGAGGUUGAAGAGCCAACAGAUGAUAAUAAACAAUCAGCUGAUAGAUCACCUGAUAUUAGUAGUUCCAUAGAAACAAGAAGAAAAUCAAUUGUAACAUUUAGUGAUAAAACGGAAGUCAUUAGGAUAACAAAAUGAAUGUCAUCAUCAAUUCCCUUUCCUUUUCCACCCACCAUCACAAACAAAACACAAACACACACACACACCACCAACCACAUUUUCAUCAUCUUUAAAUAUUUCCUUAAUUUUUUUUAGUCUUUACUAUUUUAUCAACAAUAAUUUGUGUCAAAAAUCAACAAGGAAAUAAUAUAAAUCAAUUUUACAAUAAGAUGGUGAUUGUAAAUGGUAUACCCAACACACUUAAUUGUUAAAUAAUGUAAAACUAUUAACCAUCGUUUACAUUCAACAAUCAAACAUGCAAAAAUUAAGUCAAAUGUAACAAUUUAUCCCGAUAAAUUGUCAUCUACUUGAAAUAAGUGAAAUAAUUAUUAGCAACAACAAAAUCGAUCUCAAUACUUAAAUAUUAUGUGAUUUGAUUGUAGAAAAAUUUAAAUUCUGUCUUAAUUGUUAUCAUCAUGAUAACAUUCUGAUAUUGGUUAUGUUAAUUGUAAUAAGAUAUUGAAACGAUGAAAGAAAUUGAAAGAAAUUUAAUUUUCUUGUAAUAAGAUCACUUGAUUUGAUUUAUUUAAAUCUAUUUUCAUGUAUAUAUAUCAUCAACAUUAUUAUUACAUUAUUCAUUUGAUUACGA